AUGACUGACAGAAUUAAAUUUCUUCUGCAAAAGCGGACAUCGUUGAAAUCUCAAACAACGAAUCUCACGAAUGCCCUCGAGAAACGUAGUUUAGACAAUGUCACGAUAAAAUUACGAAUCGCGCGUCUUACCAAACUCUAUCACACGUUCGAGGAGCAUCACGAUGAGCUCGUAAUAUUAGAUCCGAACGAUGCACACGAAGAAGAAUUUACAAGCAUACAAGAGCGCUUCUAUGCUCUAGCGGGUAAAAUCGAGAACAUGUUGAAUCCAGUAAAUACAUCGAGUAUUAGUGCGUCGAGCAGCGAAGCUCAGAGUAUCGUUGACGAGCCUACUGUAUCCACAAAGAGGCGACGAAUCAAACUACCCGAGGCUCCUCUGCCUACUUUCGACGGAACGUUCGAAAAGUGGCUAUCAUUUAAGAACACGUUUAGUAGUAUGAUCGGUUCCCAAACAGAUCUUUCCGAUAUAGACAAACUUCAUUACUUAAAGGCUGCAUUAAUCGGAGAAGCCGCGAAUAAAAUAAAAAUUUUCGAAGUUGACGGCAUAAAUUAUUUAAAGGCAUGGGAGAUUCUGGAACGGUCGUAUGAAGUAAAACGGGUUUUGAUUUCGCGGCAUCUUUCCUUGAUCUUAAAUUUACCUCCGCUGGACAAGGAGACAACUAGUGGUUUGUCAAAACUCGCGGAUGACACUCAGCAACAUCUAGCAUCAUUAACUACGUUAAGCGUUUCCGUCGGACCUGAAAUAGUUCUUCAUAUUCUCGAGACCAAGCUGCCGAGGAGUGCAUUAGAUAAGUGGGAGGCGACUCUUGAGAGAGACGAGUUUCUGAAACUAGAACAAAUGUAUGAAUUCCUGUACAAGUCGGCGGUCUGUGCCUCGAGACGCGAAAAAUCAAAAAUAUUAGAUUCCGAGAAAGGUAAAGGGGAGCCCUCACAAAAGAAGAAGCGAAUGCUUUCAUCUAACCAGGCAUUCGUUUCGGUCGCGUCUCGCAAUUGUGUCGCUUGCAAGGUCAAACGGCAUUCUCUUUACCAAUGUAAUAAAUUUAGACAAUUACCCAUACCCAAGUGUAUCGAAGUAGUAAGAAGCGCAAGAGUUUGCUACAACUGUUUACGAUCCCAUCGGGACACACCUUGUAAAUUCUCAAAUUGUACCAUCCGUCAGAAGCGGCACAAUACGCUAUUACAUUUCGACAAGCCUAUGAACGCGAAUUCGUCUCAAACACCGAACGCAGAAGCGACAAGCAGUAAAUCUGCAUGA